CACUGCGCAGUGCUGCCAUCUACGCUCCCAAGCGUUGAAAGAAUCCUCUUAUAUUGUGAAUUAUACGAAUCUUUCGACAGAAUGGUGGCUUAAUUAUAUUCUUGAAUGAUUAAUAAUUGUUGCUUCUAAAAAAUAUGAGUGUUGAAAAAACGAAACACGCUAGAUGAAGUGAGAAAGUGUGUAAAAAAUCGUUCUUCGAGGCGCCAUCAUGCCUUGUUCAACGCCAAAGACUGGGCAGACAGCGAAGCGACGUACAACCGCGGUAUGCUCCAAGAUUUUCUAUAGUUAUUGCCUUAUUUCGGCAAUUUUGUGGUGUACAAAGCUAAAAGUCUGAGUGUUAAAGUGUUUCUUUGUAGUUGUAAGUUUAAAUAAAUAAGAAAAUAGACGUUGAAAGUCGUCUAAAGUGCGAAGUUAUGCGAACAACUGGUCAUGGAUGAGUCUCCGUGCGCCGUACAGUGCGCGUUCAGCUAUCAUGAGCUGUAGAAAAAGCGUCGAUUCCAACGGUUCCAGUUUAAGUAUCCAGUUGUUUUCUCGACAAGAGUAAAGUUGUGUGACACAAGUGAUGUUAUAUAAAAAGUAUGAGUUUAUUGAAAGAGUGAUGUUAGUGUUGAAAAGAGGCCGGUGGUGUGUCUAGGUCUGCCGUGCUCUUGGUCGAUACCGGCUGCCUCUCGCUCUCUCUCUUACCAGUUCUUAAACAGUUUAUUGGUAUUAAAACAACUUGAAAUUGAAUUUUGAAUGUAAUACAGAUAUAUGCGAGUGUUUAUCUGAAGUUUUUAGUCGUCAGCUACGAAACUUUGGCCCUGGAGUCGUCUACAGGCUAUCGUCAGGAGGUGGCUGGAGUUGGCCAUGACGGCAGUAGAAGAUCAGCUGCGUCCCCAUACCAUCAUCACCAACCACAUCUUCUUCACCACCAUCCUUACCUCCACCACUACACUACCAGCACCACCCCAGGCUCCUCUACCAAAACCACUGUGUCUGCAAAGGGAGGAAGCUCAUCGCCACCUUCUACUCCCGUCCACCACUACCCACAGCAGCCACACUAUUACCCCCCACACGGAGCACCCUCAUCACAAGGACCUCCCCAGUACCACCCUGGGUACCUUCAUCCCCAACAGCAGCAGCAGCAGCAGCAUCACCUACAGCAGAGCAGCAGCAGCGGCGGCGGCAGCGGGGGUGCUUCACCACAUUAUUCAGCUUCCCCUCCUCCAUCGUCCGCUGCCUCUUCUCUAGUGCCAUCUUCUUCCACUGCCUCCACUCCUGUGUCGGCAUCUUCCUCUUCUCCUCACCCUCCCCCACCGGGCAUGAGGGUGUCCCCUGCACCACCACCACAGUCAGCUCCCUCAUCACAUCACCAUCUUCUGCAUCCUCAUCACUCUCCUCACAUCACACCCGCUGUUGGAGGGCCUUCGUGCAGCAGCAGCAGCGGCGGUCUUACUUCUGCUCCUGGUCAUUCCUCUUCUGUAGGCGACGCUCGUAACAGUCCCACCAUGCACGCCCCUCCUUAUCCUCCCAAUGGCCCUCCUCACGCCCCUCCUCCCCAUGGUUACCCUUCAAAAAUGGGUGGCCAUAUGUCCCCCGCUGGACUACCGUACCCUCAACCAGGGGCGUACCAGCAACCUGGUGGACUUCAAUAUCCAGGGGCGAGACCUCAAGGCUCAUCGAUGCAUCCUUUCCCUCAAAACUUCCCUCCAGGCGGUCCCCAGCCUCCUCAAGGUCCACCCUCCUCGAUACCUCCCUCCCACCAGUACCCGCCGCGCCCUCCACACAGCAACCACGGCCCUCCCUCACAGUACAGCCCCUACCCCCACUACAGCGCCCAGCAGGCCUGGGGACCAAGCAUGGGACAAGGACCUCCCCCAUCCAGUGUCCUUGGCUCCCCUGGUUUGGGUGGCAAGAACCAGCACCCUGGUCAGCCAGUACAGCCUGGUGGGGGAGCUGCUGGGCUUCCACGUCCCCACACUCCCCCUCACUACCUCAAGCAACAUCUGCACCAAAAAAUGGGUGUUUAUGGACCUCCUCCAGGGGCUCCGCCAUCCGCCGGUGGACCGCCACAAAUGUAUCCUAAUGGCCCAGGUCUUCCCCCGGGAUUAGGGGGCGGUGUGAGGGAGAGCAGCCCCGGUGUGGGGAUGGUCGGGGCUCCUGCUCCUCACGGGGGCCAGAACAACGCCAUGCCUCCCCCCACAUCCACUCCAGGCCCUAAUGAGAUGGAACUUUCCAAUGCCUCCGCGCCUUCUAAUUUAUCUUCUGGCAAUAACGCGCUGUCACAGCAGCAGCCACCUCCGCCUAUUGGCCCUGACGGCAACCCUUUACUGGACGACGCUUCCCAGCAGUCUACGCUCAGCAACACUUCUGCUGCGUCAGGCGAUGACCGAUCUUUAACACCAAAGCCACACAAAGACGGCCCCGUGCCGAGCAACAUGACCUCCAUGAUGAGUGGCGGCAACAUGAUGGGUCCUGGUGGACCCAUGGGCGUUCAGUCCUCCAUGACGUAUGGGUCAUCAUCACACGGCGGUCCUCCCAUGAACUCAUCUCACCCCCUCAACCCACACUCACAUCACCAGAGCUCAGCGCCGUCUCCAGGCAGUCAGCCUCCCGAACAAGGGGAAUAUGAAGGAAAUGUCAACUCCCCGGGCUGGCCUAGAAGUCCUAGUACCCAGCAGGCCCCUAGUUCGGCGUACGGAAACAGCAGCACACCCGCAGCUCCCGAUAUCUACCGUCCCUCAAAGGCUGACAACAUCGCUCGCCUGUACGAGAUGAGCGACAGCCCCGAAAGACGCCAGUGGCUGGAUAAGCUCCUGCAGUUUAUGGAGGAGAACAAGACGCCCAUUGCUGCUUGCCCUACCAUCAGUAAAAACCCCCUUGAUCUCUACGCUCUCUAUCUCCACGUCAAGGAGCGCGGUGGCUUCAUGGAGGUAACCAAAAACAAGCAGUGGAAGGACGUGGCGGCCGUGAUGGGCAUCGGAGCAUCAUCGAGCGGCUCGUACACUCUACGCAAGCAUUACAUGAAGCACAUCCUCUCUUAUGAGUGUCGCUUCGAUAGAGGUGGCAUCGACCCCCAGCCUAUUAUUAGUCAAAUCGAGGCUUCGGCUAAGAAGAAGUCCUCAAAACCCGUCUCUGUACCUUCACCUGGCUCUUCCAACUCUCAGGAUUCGUUCCCACCUGCAGGCAGCAACAAUAGCAGCAUGGACGGCUAUUCCAAUGGCCCUCCUCAUCCCGGCAUGCCUCCCUACACACCCUACCCUCCUUCCUCUGACUACCCCGGUCACAUGCAGCAGCGACCUCCCAGUCAGUCACAGCCUGGUUACCAGGGUUACCAGGGCAACCAGUAUCCCGGAUACCAAGGCAUGCACAGCAGUUAUAGUCAAGGCGGUUACCCUCCAUCUUCUGGUUACCCGCCGGACAGCCGCGGUUACCAAGGAGGACCGCCUCCCCCUGGCCCUCCGAACCACCAAGGCAGUUACCAGGGUUACCAACAGCCUGGGUACCAGAGAGGGGCUGGCUACCCGCCUCCCGGGCAGCCUGGGUACCAGCAGGAGCAGUAUCCUAAACCCGGAGGUGCGGGUAGUCCAGGUCCUCCUGGUCAAGGGGUUGGGCCGCCGAACUCUCAGCCUUAUCAGGGGCCGCGUCGACACCCAGACUUUGAGAAGCAAGGCCCAUCACCGGCUGGACAGCAGCCGCCACCUGGGUGGAGAGCUAGUGGGCAGCAGUAUCCUGGCUACGGGGGUCAGGGUAGUCAGCCCUCUGGCCCGCCCCAACAGCCUUGGUCCAGACCUAAUGAUGGGUCCGGUCCUCCCCCUCCUCCUGGCGCUCCUUCAGCACCAUGGCCAGCCAACAGAUACCCCACUCCCCCAUCGCCUGCAUCCACCCAAUCUUUUACUAACCAAGGUCGGUGGUCUGGAGGCAGCUUUACUACAGGGCCUCCCGCUCGCCCCUCUGGUCCUAACAGCAGCAAAAGUUUUGCCGUCCCUCCUCCUACCUCAUUCAAGAGCUCCGGCUAUGGAGCAUACAUGGGAAAGCAACUGUUCCCUGUAGAUAGCGUGGAAGCUGUGCUGCCUGUUCUGCCACGGCGCAAGAGGAUGACCAGACACAACCUCUCGCCCGUCAACCCCUGGACGUUACUCAUGUCUUUAAGAUGUGGGCUGGCGGCUGAAGUUACCUGGGCAUUGGAUGUGAUGAACAUCCUUUUAUUUGAUGACCAAACGGUUGUGUAUUUCCAUUUAUUGCACAUGCCAGGCUUGCUAGACUGCCUAUUGGAACACUGGCGACGAGGGCUCAUCAACAUGUUCAGUAUUUGUGAAGAUCUCGAGCCUGAAUACGAUUCGAGCGACCAAAGACGAAGUGCCAAGAGAAUUAAGGCUGACGACAAGAGUGACUUACCGUGGUACGCGCGGUGUCCUCGUUCUCCGAGUCCCGAUGUCGAUAUAACGCCGGUGGAAUCGGUGAACCCCAAGGACAAAACAGUUAUUCUGACCACGGGAACGGACUACACGAUGAUCAGCAAAACUGGCAAGCCUGUGAAGAUUGUCAAAAGAGAAGCGGAUCAGUUCAUUCGGGAUGCCAUGAGAGGAGAUGUGCUCAUGAACUCAGCUGAUGGCCUCGAAGAUGAUCUCAACGUUUCUACUAGCGAUUUUCUCGUCAUAGGGCGUACCGAAAGCACUAGUCAUAUUAUUUGUUCCAUGGAGAGCGGUGUGCCACCUUUGCCCUUCACUAGGUUAAUUGCUGGGCCUGGUAAUGACUUAGAGUUUUCUGAAAAAUCGAAAAAGAAUUCAGUUCCUCAUAAACCAAAAGAUUCCCCAGCAUCAUGCCCGGAAAACUGCAGAAAAUUCACUGAUAUUGCUCCUAAAUCUGAACCUAACAUUGAUGCCGAAGAUUCGACCGUAAAAGGUGAAGAAGAAUCGAGUAAUAGCAAAAAGGUUGCAGAGUCCCUCCCAGCAGUUACUGUAGCAACCGCCACUCCAAGUAGUACCACUACUACACCAUCUGCAAUACCUCAAUCCUUAUCUGUCGCAGAACCCGUUACAAACGAAACCAAACGGGAACUCGACGAUCUGUUGUCCAAGUCUCCGCUGAAGGUUCCGGAAGUUUCUUCACAAAUUUCAAAAGAUUCUUGCAAUGGUCCAAAGGAACUUACAAAUAAUAUUUAUAGUUCUCUUAAAUUUAAUAGAUCGAAUAAAACGAGCAAGCUUGAUGCCAUAUUAAAACGGAUCAAGAAAGAACCGGUGGAGAACGCAGUAGAAUUGCUGAAAGCGUCUGAUGCCAAAUCUCAAUUGGACAUGUUAGUUGGUCAGGUGUCUGAACAUCAAUCUCUUCCUUCUGCCACUGAAGAGAAGAGCAAGCCAUCUGAUCUUCCUUUCACUGCACUUAACUGUAAAAAAGAUCAAGACCAACAAAAUCAGAUUGUAGAAACUGCUGAUCAGGGUUCAGUUAAAACAAGUCCGAUAGAAAAAGAUGUCGAGCCAAACUUGGAAAAACCUAUUGCGUCCACGGAGGAAUGUAAGCAAGAAGUUAAUCUUGAUUCAAAGACUCCAAAGCUAGUAGAAGAAAAAGAAGAAGCGAAGACAAAGGACGCAGCUGAAAAUAGUAACGUUUUUGUUGUGAAUAAGAAACGACCCGUGCAGGAAGUGGAAGAAGAAUCUUGGAGUCCAGAUGAGGCAUCGCUGUGUGUCACAAGUGAAGCAAAAGACUGGCUUGCUCGUCGCGUUUUAUGCCUCGGAACAGUUUUGAGAAACUUGUCUUUCAUUCCCGGUAAUGAUGAGAUUAUGGGCAAAAAUCCUGCAAUGAUGGCACUCCUAGGACGGACGAUCUUGCUUCAUCAUGAGCAUCCAUCUAGAGCUCCAUCAACUCCUCACUACGACCGAGAAGAUGAUGCUGACCUCAGUGAUUGGUGUAGCUCUCUCUCGAACGACGUUCAUUGGUGGUGGCCGUACCUCCACCAUCUGCAUGAAGCCUGUCUUGUGACAUUGUGUAACAUAUCUGGACACCUGGAUUUGUCUCAGUAUCCCGAAGAAAUUACGAGACCCAUUGUGUCAGGUUUAUUACAUUGGGCUACAUGUCCCGCGUCCUACGGUCAAGAUCCACUGCCUAGCGGCGGUGGCAGUGCUCAGUCUGCACUCUCCCCUCAGCGACUGGCUCUGGAAGCUCUUGUAAAGUUAUGCGUGCAAGACCAAAAUACAGAUCUGGUGCUUGCAACUCCUCCAUUCUCUCGCCUCGAGCGGUUGUGUUCACAGCUUACACGGAUGUUAUGCAGAGGGGAAGACCAGGUACUACGCGAGUUCUCUAUUAAUUUACUGCAUUACUUUGCAGCUGCUGAAUCAGGUGUAGCUAGAUUAGUGGCAAUGCAAAAUGGCUCAGUGUCAUUAUUAGUUGCAUUUAUUGAGGAAGCGGAAAGUGCUGCAAUGAAUGUGGCUAAUUCACAAGGUGUUUCUGCUCUUAAGGAAAAUCCUGAUUUGAUGGGCACAAGCUUGGACAUGGUGCGCCGUGCUGCCAACACCCUCGUGCACCUAUCCAAAGUAUCAGAAAAUUCCAGAAUUUUAGCUACCUGUGAAAACAGGUUACUGACUCUGGUCAUGAGCCAAAUUUUAGAUACUUACGUUGCAUCUCAAUUGUCCCAAGUUCUCUACAAUAUGGCUCACGUCAAGAGUGAGUAUUCGCCUGAUUCUCCUUCUCCAAAAGAUACUCGGGAAACGGAAGAGAUGGAAGUAACACCUGCAGUUGUGCCUCCAGCGUCACUUUUCAGCCCCAACACCACUCCCCAAGAAACCCCAGUUCUCGUAGCUGCUCUCUCUGAUUACACUAGCCAACACUCCAAUAAUGGUUCAAUAGAAUCAUCCGUUACUACCUCAAUUUCCGACACUGCAAAUUCCGAAACCUGUUCUACAGCUUCAUUGUCCUCUUGUACUGGUUUAACUGCAGCAUCUACUUCAACCGUGACCACCAUUACCACUGCCACUGUAUCUCCUUCCACGUGUAACUCAGCUGACGGCAGUAGUGAUGCAAAAUCGGAAAGGACCGAAAAGUCGCCAAUUUCAAAUUCUACUGCAGAAGCGUCAACUAAUGCAGUUCACUCCCCGCUAGCUACAAAUGGCUCAACUGCUGACAGUAAACCCAGCCAUUUGCCUGAGCCUCCUUCCGCUAACGGUGCGUCUCCUCCUCAUGAACCAAUGGAUGUUGACGAGCCAAAUGAUAGGUUAAAACCAGAGAAUAACAGCAACGAGUGCAGCGAGAACGCGGAAGAUGUUAAAGUUCAAGCUGUCUCGGCCAGUACAUCUGUUAAUUCUGUGAUUGACGGUAAUUCCAUAGGACUUAAAUGUCCGCUGCCAAUGAUAGACACAAAUUUUUUACCUUCUACCAACCAUGCCGAUAAAAAUUCUGUCGAAACUAAUGAUUUAUGUGGCUUAACUUCUACACAUCAUGACGGUGAUACAAGACAAAAAAUGUUGAAACCACCCCUAUCUACCGACAAAUUGUGUACAUCAGAAAACUCGAGUCAUUCAGACAAAUCGGAGAAAAGUUCUACACCCGAAGAACAUUGUAAAGCUAGAAGUAGUAGUGUUAAUUGUAGUUCUCUUGGUAGUUCUGGGCCUGAGAGAAAUUUUUAUUUGGCUAAAGAAAAAAAUGAAGCUGGUAAUGUUCCAGUGGCCCCGAAGGGCAUUGAGGCUGUUGCUCGCAGUCUUACCAACGCAGCUGCCAACAAAUCUUUGAAAGAGCCACCCUCGAAUGUUGCGGAAACUUCGACCAAAGUUAACACCGAGGACGAUACUCUGCUUCCUCGUCCUCUUAAUUGCGACUCAGUCAGCAAGUCCGGAACAGUAUUGCCGAAUGACACGGCAAUGGCUCCUUCAUCGUAGUAUUAUGUGCGUUGGUGGCUUUAAUAUAACAAUUCCCUCUCCGACCUUCAUGCCUCACAUUCACUUCAUCUCAUCCUUAUCAACUCGUCAUUUCACCGUUAGUAUAGAUUUUCAUCGCAUUUCACUAGCAAGUUUUCUUGUGAUAGAAACUUGCCUCAGCUGCUCUGCCUUUGAUUAAGCUUCUCUCGAGAAGACAGUUUCAGUAGCGAAUUAAUAGUCCUGCUCGUUUCAAAGCACGUAUCUCAAGCUUACGAGGAACGAGGAAAAGAAGACGAAGUUAGCGAUCUAAUUUAAUCUGAUUUAAGGCGGUAAAACGCUCCAAAAAUAUACCAACAUCGCAUCCCGUAAUUUCGGGCUUACAAACGUUGUUUCUCAUUACUUCGCGUUUGAUGCGUUUAUUGUGUUCCAGAAUAGAUGUAUGUUUGGGAUCAUGUUAACCCCAUAUGACACUGAGUUGUUUACGGGCAACACUCGAAACCCAUAGGUGAAGCAAUAACCUCUAACAAUGAGUGCCCUAUAGUGUUGGCAGAGAUCUUCCAUCUCAAGUGUUGCGGUAGUGUUCUUUGAACCACACACUUGAUAGAAAAGGCGUCAUCUACCUAGGCAUUUUCUAGGUACCUAAAUAUUUUGUGUAUUAUUAAUUUGGCUUUUGGUAUUAAAAUGAUGAAUUUCGUCCUAUGUGUUAGUUGAAAUUGAAGAGUUGGUGUAUGUAGCUUUUACUUAAAGACUAGGCUGUAUGAUAUGAGAACUGGUCGUGUACAUAUUUUUACUUGGGAAACCCAUCACUGUGAUGUGUUUUGUUAGGCAAGUCGAUCCUGCAGUGACACUCAUGUAAUUUGCUCACAGAUUUUAUUUUGUUCUCGUCCCCUUAGUGGAACCCUGUUAUGGUUGUUUGAUACGCGAACAUUUCUAUUUUAUAUUAAAUCGUAGUGAGCGUCGUCGGUCGUGCAUUUUCAAGUUCUAACUUUUUUUUUCUAUAUUGAUCUACGGUUAAAAUUUGAAACUAACUGGAUGUUUAUUUAUUAUCUUUAAAAUUUGAAAUCUAUCCAGACAAUUGCCAUGUAGCUCACUACAUCACACUUGAGACUCCGUCUUUCACUAUCGCCGCCGGAUAUACGAAGGAGAAUUUAAAUUCUCUUGUACAUUUUUGAGAAGCUCUUACUCCUUAGGUAAACUUCAGUCAUGUAUACUUGAAAGCUUGUAUAUAUUGAGAGCUCACCAGAAGUCCUUCUGUAAAAGUUAAGUUGAUAUAUGCUGCUGAAAAUUCUUGGGAAGUACAAAUGGUUGAGUGGACAGCCUGGCUCUUUAAGGUUUCUGCCAGCAUCGUGUGAUACGAGACUUUGUUCAUUGCACGAACAUCACUUUUACUCCGGGUCAUACAAUUUCUUACUAUUUUCCCAUUUUGACAUGUAUGGUAAUACUCUAAAGCGGAGAUUUUCCUGUCCCUUAAGAUAAUGUGUUCAAGAUAGUUAAUCGGCAGUAGUGUGACGACUAAGAUACAUUGCCCGUAUCAGACCUAUAAAAAAUUGGCCUGAAUUAUGUCGAGUGUUCCGCGGCGAUCUGGUUGUGAUCUCAGCGAGUGGUGAUGUGCGUUCGGAUCGAACGAGCCUCUUGAUAGUGUUGUGUACAGUACCAUUAUUGUAUAGUACAUUAAGCUCUAUUGUUAUGGAUUAAUUCUACUACAACUUGUACACCUCAUCCAAUUCUGUCGAGCUGCUUCCAAAGUUCAGUAAAUUGUUUGCAUAUGCCUGCACGCUCUUACGAGGACCUACGCUCCACGGCGAAGAACUGUUAAAAAUAGUAUAAAACGUGAUUUCGGGAAGAUGGUUUCGGCUUUUUAUAUCUGUAGAUGUUCCGUGUAAAAUUUAAGUUGAGCUCACGCCCAAGAUAACUAUUUAUAAAUAUUUUGUUACUACCUACAAUAAAACAUAAUGAUCACUUCUUCGAUUCGAUAACAUGACGCUUUCUCAUUCAUUAUUAGGUAAUAUUUUUUGCUCACUAUUUAUGUUGCCCAAGAAUUUCUUUAUUUCUCAUAGGCUUGCUCUUCUUCCGAUUGUAACGUGAAAAAAGGUGGAUGAAAUAAAGGUAUUUAGCAUUUGCAUGCCCACAGCUGACUUUGUUGGCUGAGAUUCGUCUCCACGGCAUCAUGUCCGCUUGCGGUCUAACCUCUUCACUUCUGCUAGGGCGUCUAUGUUUGUUGAGACAUCGCUGAAAUUUAUUUUUAUACGUAAACAUCUUUCUUUCUCUCCUAUUUGCGCCAUUCGGUGAAAGUAUUUUGCUUUGUGUAUGGCUAUUUAUUUGAUUUCUGUCCUAAUUUUUUGGUGGUUUUCACUAACUUUUUGCGGUACGGAAUUUUUUACAUUUACGUGCUCUCCUAAGGUGAUGAUUGCCUAAAUUAUUCCUGCAUAUAUGUAAUUUAUCAUGUAAAUGCCUUAAACGCCCAAAGUUUCUUCGGUUUCUUUUUGUGGAAGAAACUACGGUAGGUGGGCUGAAAUAAAUGAUGUAAUAAAUGAUGUAAAACAAU